AUGAUGUUAGCUUAUUCAACUGAACCAAGCAUCUAUCUACGUUUGCCAACAAAUGUCAAUCUGAUUGUGGAAAUUCGUGAUACAUUCAGUUGUAUAUUAUCGUCCAAUACUUCUCGCCGACAGGUAGUAUUACGAUCUUGUUGGGCAGUUAAUUCUAUCGAUCUCACUUUUGCACAGCGAAAAUCUGGAUCAAGUUUGUUACUUCUCGAAUUGAAUAGAUGGACGAUGUCACAGAUAAUUCAACCAUUGGCUUCACUUGGACAAAUUUAUCCCCUCGAUUUCAAGGUCUCCUAUUUGUUAAUUUAUUACUUUGAUCACAGACUACAAUUAAAUUCAAUGCAGAACUGA